UCAUUCCUUCACUACAAAGAAAAAUCAAAUCAAGGGCAAAAUUUCUUGCACUUAAACCGCGUCACUUCCCUAUCCUAACACAUAUAUAUAAUAUAGUGCACUCACUAGUCACUGCACUGUCAAGUUCAUUGCAUCACUUGAUCUUCCAAUUAGUUCCUACUAGAAAACUUAGAUAUGAAGAGAAUGAGAGACAUGGAGGGUGACAUGGCUAAUUGUUUGAUGUUACUAUCCAAAGUUGGUGAGAGCUGCAACAAUGGUGAUGGUUUCGUGUGCAAGACGUGUAACAGGGAGUUCCUUUCGUUUCAAGCCCUCGGAGGACACAGAGCGAGCCACAAAAGGCUAAAGCUCAUGGCUGCAGGCCUUUCUUCUUUCUCCUCGCGCCCGUUACAAGGCUUGAGGGAGAAGAAACAAAAGAUGCACUCAUGUCCCAUUUGCGGGAUUGAGUUUGCAAUUGGUCAAGCACUUGGAGGGCACAUGAGAAAGCACAGAGCUGCUAUGAAUGAUGGUGGUGCUAAAAGGUCUGAUCAUUUGUGCUUGGACUUGAACUUGACACCCUAUGAGAAUGAUCUCAACCUUAUCUUGAGGACACCACCUUUAUCAAAAAAAAUCUAGUUAUAUAUAGUGGGGAUUAAGAGACUAAAUGAAAUAUGUCUGUUUUACACAUAGGUUUAUAAAACACUUACCUAAGUUUCUGUUUUCAAUAGGAAAGAAAAGGAAAUUAUCUAAUACUUAAUUUGUUCGUUAAAUUUCAAUUCACCUUUGGCCACUAUCAAAUGUAUGAGGAAAGACUCUGUUGGGGAUUCAAUAGCAUAAGAGUAAGAGGUUAUUCUAUGACUAUUCACGUAAUUAUGACUGCGGCUAAUUGAGACAAAGAGAAAAGUGACGUAAAUAUAAUUUGCUUUUUGCAAGAA